AUGGCGGAGCCGCAGGGCUCACACCGAUACCGAUACCGGAGGGGAGCACGGAGCUGCGGAUCCCGGGACCAACCCGACCCUGCAUCCCCACAGCUGGACUGGCGGCAGGUGCUGGUGCUGGGGCUGGAUGGAGCGGGGAAGAGCAGCGUCCUGCACUACAUCUGCAGCCAGACAGCCAGGGAGCGCAUUGCACCCACCCGCGGCUUCAACUCUGCCCAGCUCUUUGUUGAAGGGCUGGAGAUGGACCUGCUGGAGGUGGGGGGCAGCCAGAACCUGCGAGCGUACUGGCCCCACUACCUGAGCCAGGCCGACGUGCUGGUGUUCGUGGUGGAUUCGGUGGACAGGUCGCGGCUGCUGACGGCGCGCCAGGAACUGCACGCGCUGCUGGCCGCAGAGCCCCGGCUGCCCCUGGUCGUGCUGGCCAACAAGCAGGAUAAGAGCGAUGCCCUGAGCGCGGCAGAGCUGCGAGAGGAGCUGGACCUGCACACGCUCAGCGGGCAGCGGGAGCUUUUCCUCCUGCCCACCAGCGCGACCUGGGCCAGCCUGAGUACUGCCACCAGCGUCCUCCGCGUGAAGAGCCUGCUGGUCACCCUGCUCUCCCAGCCCUGA